AUGACGUCCACGCUGCGGACCCUGGCCCUGGAGCUGGCCCCCGCGCCUCGGGACGGGAGCGCGGGCCUCAGCUGCGAGAAAGAGAUCGAGCGGCGCUACGAGAUCGUGCCGUCCGUCGUCUGCUCCAUGUGCUGCCUCUUCGGCAUCAUCUACUGCUUCUUCGGCUACCGCUGCUUCAAGGCGGUGAUGUUCCUGACGGGGCUGAUGUUCGGCUCGGUCAUCAUCUUCAUGCUGUGCUACAAGGAGCGCGUGAUGGAGACCCAGCUGAGCGUGGAGGCCAGCGCGGGCAUCGGGCUGGGCAUCGGGGUGCUGUGCGGCCUGGUGACCAUGCUGGUGCGCAGCGUGGGCCUGUUCAUGGUGGGCCUGCUCCUGGGGCUGCUGCUGGCCGUGGCCGGGCUGGUGGUGAUGGAGGAGUUCUACCACCCGCGCACGGUGUGGGUGCCCCUGGGCGUGCUGCUGGGCUCCGGCAUGCUGUUCGCCGUGCUGACGCUGCAGUGGCAGCGCUGCUUCACCACGCUGUCCACCGCCGUGUUCGGCUCGGCCGUCAUCACCGUCACCGUGGACUACUUCAUCGAGCUGAGCGCCCUGCUGCGCUACGUGUACGAGCGCGUGAAGGCCAGCCCGCCCCAGCCCGUGUGCUGGUUCAGCUGGGUCAUCCUGGGCGUCUGGCCCGUGCUCACCCUGCUGGGCGUGCUCAUCCAGUGGAAGGUCACCGGGGAGGGGUACUCCCACACCGAGGUGAUCAUCAGCCGGCAGCAGCGGAGGGUGCAGCUGAUGCGUAUCCGUCAGAAGGAGGAGAGGAGGGAGAACAAGAAGAAGAAGAAGAAGCAGCAGACGUACCCCCCCCAGCACACCCACCAGCCCAAGCCCCACCAGCCCGAACCCGGCUACCGCAGGAAACCCAACCCCAUACGCCGCUACGACGGAGACGUGCUGUCCCCGAGCUACAUCCAGAGUUUUAGGGACAGGCAGGUGGACAGGCGGGGUUACCCUCAGGGCCGGAUGGUCAGCGGCACCCACACCAUAGUGGACCUGGACUACGACUGCGGCUCCACCGUGCCCCUCACAGCCUCCGCAGGGCCUGCCGUGCGCGUGUAACGCUGCCCUCUGCUGGCCUGGAGUGGCACUGCUCCCUCCCAGGUCUCCCUCCCUGAUUGGACGCAGCGCCACAGGCUCGUGUUCCAGUAUCCCAGGAAGAUUCCGUGAUGCGCCAACAUUCCGUCUCUCUGCCCGACUCUCACAUUCCAGUGACACAGGACUCCUCUGGGCUGUGUGGGAGAGGGCUAAUUCUCUCCUUCAUUUCCACACACCCUACUCUGGUAGAGUGUUGCACAGCUGCGGUAAAAACAUCUUAAACACGCUCUCAGAUAAGCCAUUUGUUUACCUGUUUUGCUACGGUUCCUCACAUGAAAUAGCCACACUCACAAACCGUUUGUGAAUUACACGGCAGACUUAUUUGGAGUUUGUUUAUGAAUAAUUUAUUCUCCAGCUUAAAUUCCCUACUGAGUUUCUCAGUCCUCUGUCCUGUCUCAGUAUAACUUCUGAAAAUUGCAGUGUUUAAGAAUGGUUAUAGACAGUGAAGGGAAUACUCCUUGUAUGCAAAAAAAAAUGCAAAUAUCCCCUUCCUCAGCUGCCCACUUUUACAUCUGUAUGAAAUAUUUGUUUAAUCAAAUUCUAGUGCAAACGGCAAAGAGGAGGAAUGAAGUGUAUGUAUUAUUUUAAUCAGAAAAUCUCCCUUAGUUUAAUAAGUUUGCACCUUUCUUACUUUCCUAAGAGUACUUGUUUGGAGCAAAUGUGAAUUGCAGUCAUAUUUUUGACGUGGACAAUAGAUAUGAAGAUGGAGGAGGGUCUCCGUGAUUUCCCCCCCCCCCCCUAUAACUUCAUGAAGUGGACUCUACCAGUUUGAACCCGCCAUGCCGCUCUUGGGUCCAGACUAGACUAGGACCAAACCACUGGGAGAAAUGGGUGAAUUUUGCAAAUCCCUGUUUGACACUAAAGACGCUGGAAUGCAGCAGGAGUUUGCCUCAGGAAUUGUCUGUCCUCGGCCGUUUUUAAAAAGCCUUCGGGGCGUCUUUCUUUCCCCCUCACGCCCAGGAAAUGGGCAAAUUUUAUUUUAUUUAUUUUUUAUUUUUUAUUUUUUUUGUAUGUGAAUAAAACAAAAAUGGAGUGAGUGAUGUGAUUGACAGAGGAGAAGAGGAGGCUGUAGACACUCCUCCAAUGGCGGGGGGAGAGUUGCAGGCAGUAGCUCUGCCGCAGGAACUGUGGAACGAGGAUGGAACCUUCCAGAACAUCUCCAGAUGAGUGGAGAGCAAGUCUGAUGUGUUCAAGGGUGUACAUAUGAAGACUGUUGAAGGAACUGAACAAUGAGUGGGGGUGGCGUAACUUAACUCUGCAUAGACUGAGACGGGGGAGGGCUAAAGCCAUCGAAACUGCACCCCACCCAUGGCCACACAGACUGGACGGGACCAGAAACCCCUUCUGGGACCAGUUUUGUCAUACCCCCCCCCCAGUGGAAACUGCAUGACUCUGUGUGUUACCAGUGUCUAAAUGUCUACAGCUGUGUUUCUAUGCCACUGUCGGCCAGUUUCGAGACCGGCCCUCUGUUGCCCUCCUCCGUUUUGUAAAGCUCUGAUUUUGUUGUACAUACGAAUCGUACUGUAUUUCUCGCGAUUGUUGUUUUGCUGUCCAUUUUUAAGUUCUGUUCCUUUUGCCUUUUAUUUAUAUAUUUGAAAUAUGUUUUUGUCCCUCUUAAAUUGACACGUGUUUUAUUUAUUUCUUUAUUUAAGUGACUGCUUAUUACGCAUUUGCACCUUCCACCCGUGGGCUGUCGGGGGUUGAAGCCACUGAAGCUGAAUUUUGUGGGUUCCCAUGUGGCUCCACCGACAUCUGUACCACAGGUUACCGACAGCCCUGAAAAUCUGAAUUAUUAUUAUUGUUAUUAAGCAUGUCUUUACAUGGGCCUGGAUAUAGUAAACAGUGAUUCUGAAA